CUCUUCAACUUCCCUGAUAAAGUAAAGCGGCAGACGCUAGAACUGUACGAGCAACAAACCAGCCGUGAAUUAAACGCAGGUAUUAACACAAUAAGUACCUCCUGUUGGAGAGAUAAAUAGUAUGUUCGACAUAGUUUGAACUGAAAUAAUAACUCUAUAUUUAGCUGCGCACAAAUCGAUCUGGUUUACUUUUCUCCUCAUCGCGUCUGUGGAUUUUAGAGUGGACGCUUUGAGUUCGGUGAAUCAUUUCUGCUGUCCUUUAACGUCCAACGCACAUCCCAGCUAAAACCAUGCCGUUCCCUUUUGGGAAGUCUCAGAAGAGCCCUGCAGAGAUUGUGAAAAGUCUGAAGGAGAAUGUAGCAUACUUGGAGAAGUUGGAGUCCUCUGAAAGCAAGAAAUGUGAAAAGGUUGCAGAGGAAGUAUCAAAAAAUCUUUCGUCGUUGAAAGAGGUGCUGUGUGGCACUGGAGACAAGGAGCCUCAGACUGAGGCAGUGGCACAACUAGCUCAGGAGCUCUACAACACCAACCUCCUCAUUUCCCUCAUAGCAAACCUUCAGAGGAUUGAUUUCGAGGGAAAGAAGGAUGUGGUGCAUCUGUUUAGCAACAUAGUGCGUCGCCAGAUUGGCGCUCGCACCCCUACUGUGGAGUACAUCUCUUCCCACUCACAGAUCCUCUUUAUGCUGCUGAAAGGCUAUGAAACCCCAGAAGUGGCCCUUAACUGUGGCAUGAUGUUGAGGGAAUGUCUGCGUCAUGAACCUCUGGGCCGAAUUGUUCUGUUCUCUGAGGAAUUCUACUGCUUCUUUCGCUACGUGGAGCUAUCUACUUUUGACAUUGCCUCUGACGCCUUCUCCUCUUUUAAGGAUUUGCUUACAAGACACAAGAUCAUGUGUGCAGAUUUCUUGGAGACAAAUUACGACAGAGUGUUCACUGAGUAUGAAAAGCUGCUGCAUUCUGAUAAUUAUGUCACCAAGCGGCAGUCUCUGAAGCUCUUAGGAGAACUAUUACUGGACAGACACAACUUCACAGUCAUGACCAAAUACAUCAGUCGAGCUGAGAACCUAAAGCUGAUGAUGAACAUGUUGAAAGACAACAGCCGCAACAUCCAGUUUGAAGCCUUCCAUGUCUUUAAGGUGUUUGUGGCUAACCCCAAUAAGACACAGCCUGUGCUGGACAUCCUCCUCAAGAAUCAGUCGAAGCUGGUGGACUUCCUGAGCCACUUUCAAACGGACCGCUCUGAAGACGAGCAGUUCUGCGAUGAAAAGAACUAUCUCAUUAAGCAGAUCCGGGACCUCAAACGGCCUGCACCUGCAGAGGAGUCCUAAUGGGAAAACAUGGAGUGUAGAGCCGGGGAGCUUAGCUUGUAAUGUGGUUUGAUUAUGUGGAUGGGAGGAAAAAAAAUAAGUCAAAGACAGAAAGAAAGGCUAGCAUCACUCGGAAUAAAUCUCUUUACAUCCAACUUCUGAAACAGGUAGAGAAAUGCUGUCAGGAUGUGCUAACAUACGUCUAUCCCUUUACUUGGGGGCGAACAUGUUUUAGCUGCAGGAGUAGCAAGUGGAACCCAAGCACUCCAUUUAAACCUAAUAUACAGUACAUUUUUAGCACUGCCCUUAAAAAGGAAAUAGAGUUGAUUUACCUUUUUAGAUGGUAAAACGUAGAUUAAAAAAAAAUGCAUUCAAAUUGCUCAGAAUGAAAAGUAUAUUGAAAGCCUGCUCAGGCCUUUGUAACAAAGUAAGAACAUGAAUAUUGGUACAGGUAUGGCUUUGCAUAUUUGCACUGAAUCUGGAAGCUUUGCUCCAGGUAGGCCAUUAGUGCCACUUCAUUAACCAAAUAUUAACGAUAGGUCAUAAAUACAGGACAUAAUGAUGCCUUAUUUCAAUACACAAACACAAAUUCAUCUGGACAUUCUCACAUUUGAACUAGUCAAGGGACAUUAAAGCAUUUUAUAGCCUGAAAAUGUCAUGUGGUCAAGUGAAACCUUAAAAAAAAAAAAAACGUCUGUAGAGUUUUAUGGUCAUGUUGGAUGCUGCACUCAAUUUCCAUUUUAACUGGGUGCCUUAUUUAAGUAGCUUGGUCAUUCUGGGUCUUCUAUUACAUUUAUAUUUAUCUAUAACAUUGGAUUUGUAGUAUUAUUCUGCUUUAGCUUGGGUUAGUUUUAUUUUAACUAUUUAAAAAUAUGAAAUUAUAAAAAAAAAAACUAUACUCGUUUAAAGUUUUCUCAGUUUAGAUGAGCCAUGCAAUGCAUUCAGGGUUUAUAUAUUUUAGUACACGGUGCAUGUUUACAGUGCAAGACACGAUAACCUCCGCACACACACUGUAACACUGAAAGGAUGUGAAUUACUAGAGCUGGGGCAUGUCAUGACAUUCCUCAGCUGCGCUUUGAUAGACAGCUUAGAAAAGCCAAUUAAGCCUUUAAAAGAUGGAUGCCGUAGCAAAGAGCAUUUAACACAGUUCUUGUGUCCUGCACUGUCAAACAUGAAUGAGCCAAAGCUGUGGUAACGCAUGUUAUAGACCUAGAAUUUGGUUCUCCUUUGGAUUCUUUCCUUCAGUACCUCUUGGAAGUUUUAGAUAAAAUGCAGAGCAGGAUUCUACUGAAAGGUUCCAUUAGUCUUUAUAUCUUAAGUUGAAUAUAUUUUAUGUACUCUGUUUGCACAAGUUAAUUUCUAAUAUACCUCAUAGGUUUUAAAUUCCUAAGUGCUGUUUCCCCCCCCCCCCCGCUUUGUUUCAAUAGAUAUUGUGGAAACUCUUUACAGUAUGGUUUAAUUCAUUAACGUUAGUAAAUGCAUUUAUUAAUUUUGGUUAACUUCUAUAUAUAAAUUUUAAGUUGCAUACAUUAACUUUAGUUGAUUUGAAUUAAUAAUGAACAAUAGCAUAUUUAUUAUUAAUUAACAUUAACUUAAUUUUCAUGGUACCUGAUGCAUUAACUAAUGUUAACAAAUCAAACUUUAGUGUAAAGUGUUUCUGGUAUUAUUUUGGAUGUGGGGUGGUAGUUUGAAUUAUGCAAGCUCAAAUAAGAUCUAACAACAUGCCAAAGUUGUGGUCUUGUAAUGCUGAAUAUGAAAUACAAGGGAAAUUAUUUUUUUCUGUUUGCUAAUGAGACUGUCAGGAGUGUGAGGAAAGCACUUGCUGUGCUUGUGUAAUUGAGCCACAGUUUCAGUCUAAAAGGUUUUUAAUGGAUUCAUCCAAAUGUCAGCGUGUGCUUGUGCUUUGACAUCAUUUCAGUCCGCUAAUCACUAGAAGCAAAUGUCUUUGUGAAAGUAUGACUUGUGCAUGUUGAACUUUAUUGUAAGUAUUUAGGAUGUGAAACACCUUCUGUGCUGCGUUUGUUUUUAUAAACUGCAUCAUGUGUGAACUCUUUCAAAGCCUUUGUGUUGAACGGUGGCCCAGACUGAUUCAGUCGCCUUUUCCCAAAAGAUCUACAGCUAUCGAUAACCAAAUAUUUCCGUCGUUUCAAUAAACUUCACUUGAUACCACAUGUACAAGAAUGGGUUUUUGGCCAAAUGUGAUUAUUCCGCAAACAGGGUUGUUUUUCUUAAGCUCGUUGAAGUUUUGAGGCUUUAUAUUCUCCAUGCAGUGAUAGUAAUCUCAGAUAAAGAGAUUCAAAAUCGUAUGUUAGAUCUUUGGUAAAUUAUUAUGGUGGAAUGUAUAACCUACACCUUUUAUUAUUUGCAGUUCGACUGAUAAUGUUUGCUAUGCUUUUCACUCAUUUUCCUAUGAGAUUUCUGUAAUAUGUUCCACUGUGGGGGAGGAUUAUAUAUGUACAUAAAGUUUUAUUUUAAAAAAAGAGAAAGUGUGGAGGCAUAUUGAAAAUAAAAUAAACAGUGGCACUUCUUA